AUGAAGUUUAAACCGCCAACUGCACAGUUAAACAUUCUCCAAAGAAUAGGAGGCUCUCCUGAGUCCAUCGAUUGGAGACAAGUUUAUCCUACAACGUGCCGGGAUAUCAAGUACGCAGACCCGUCUGCUAUUAGUGGCGAAUACACCCUUGUCCUAAACGGUAGCCAGCCAAUGGCAGUGCUCUGUGACAUGACGGCGCACGACGGCAGAGGCGUGACGAUGGUGGGCCACGACAGUGAGGCGCGAAGUCACGUCAAGGCAGGUGAGGGUCCAGGUAGCUACAGGCGUGACGUGACAUAUACAGGGGUGACUGUCACGCAACUGAAGACAUUGACCAGCAUGUCCACGUACUGCGAGCAAUUCCUGAAAUACGAAUGCACCGGCUCGAUUCUCUAUAGCAACACACAGAAACGAUGGUAUGCCUGGUGGGUAUCACUUGACGGGGUAAAACAGUAUACGUGGGGAGGCGCGCCCAGGGGAAGUGACAAGUGCGCAUGCGCUGUCACCGAUUCGUGUAUUGGGAAUAGUAGAUGUAAUUGCGACGGUAAUUACAGAGGGUGGACCGAAGAUAGCGUUAUGGUCACAUUCAAAGAUCUACUCCCUCUGCUUCAACUGCGGUUUGGCGACACACACUUGAACGGGCCUGAACAAGGUUAUCACACCCUUGGCAAGCUCAUGUGUUACUGAGAAGUGAAUAUGUACAAGUAUACCACACCCUUGACAAGCUAAGGUGUUACUGAGAAUUGAAUAUGUACAAGUAUACCACACCCUUGGCAAGCUCAGGUGUUACUGAGAAGUGAAUAUGUACAAGUAUACCACACCCUUGGCAAGCCCAAGUGUUAUAGAAAAGUAAAUACUAAAGUGGAUGUAUUAAAAUUAUAAUUUAUGGUGGGGGAAUCACAACAGAGCUUGGCUCUAAUUAAUUGCUCCCCUUCGGCUGAAAAAUUGAAUAAAUAAAAAAAUAAAUUGAGUCUUAUUCAA